UCAUAUAGAAAAAUAUGAGUUUCUCAGGUCAGGUUGCAGCGGUGUCAAUGUUGGGUUUUAGAUUACGGAAAAUACAACUAUUCCAUUUCAAAUAGCACGUAAGGGCGGCGUCAUUUCCUCUAAGAAUUACCGGUAAGGUCUGUGGGAGUCUUUUUUGUUUCCCCGCCCCCUCCGGAAAAGUCAACCCCAUCGUCAUUAUUUUUAUUUUUUAAGGUGACGUGGAGUCGGGUCUUACUGCUUCAGUGUCUCAUGUGUCAAUAAAAGUACACUCUGUACCGGAAUAUGGACGCAUUUCAUGCAUAAAACGUUGAAACACUGCGUGAGAUCCACAUGAUGUUUAGCUGUAAGUCUUUACCGACACACUGAGCUUCAUACCGGGGCACGGAGAGGACUGUCGGGGGCCUGGGAGUCCGAAGAAUCCGGCGGCCAGACAGGUUUGGUGAGAUCUGCAGCAUCGGGACGGUAGUGACACAACUACGUCUGGGGUUAUGCAGAGUGGAACAGGACACCUGCCAGGUGGUCGCCAGAGGACGAUGGGCCUGCACUGCGUCUUGUUGCUGUGCUUGUUCUCGGGCUGUGCAAUGUGUUACAAGCAGGGGGACAACGUGACUCUCUAUGUCAACAAAGUGGGCCCUUAUCAUAACCCUCAGGAGACGUAUCACUACUACACGCUGCCUGUCUGCAGGCCAGAGAAGGUGCAUCACAAGUCCCUGAGUCUGGGAGAGGUGCUGGAUGGUGACAGGAUGGCAGAAUCAUUAUAUUUCAUCAAAUUUAGAGAAAACAUGGAGAGAAGAACUGUUUGCCAGCUCACUCUCUCAGAGAAAGAGGUCGACCAGCUUCGCGAAGCCAUUGAGGAGCUGUUUUACUUUGAAUUCGUCCUGGAUGACAUCCCGAUUUUGGGGUUUGUGGGAUACAUAGAGGAGAGCGGCUUCCUACCUCACAGCCACAAGGUGGGUUUAUGGACUCACCUCGACUUCAACAUAGAGUACAACGGCGACUCUGUGAUUUUUGCCAACGUCUCAGUGAAAGAUGUCAAACCGGUUCCACUGGAGGAGGGGGCAGGGGCAGCAGUUGGUGGGGUUGGAGUGGGUGGAGGCGGCCUUACAGUUACCCACACUUACAGUGUGCGCUGGUUCGAGUCCCCUCUUACUUACGCCAGAAGAGCUGAACGCCUCCGAGACCACUCGUUCUUUCCCAAAACACUGGAGAUCCACUGGCUGUCCAUCAUUAACUCACUGGUACUGGUGGUGCUGCUGCUGGGCUUCGUCAUCAUCAUCCUCAUGCGUGUUCUUAAGAAUGACUUUGCCAGGUACAAUGUGGAGGAGGACGGAGGCUGUGAUGAUCUCGACCAGGGCGACAACGGCUGGAAGAUCAUACACACCGACGUCUUCAGGUUUCCUCCUUACAAAAGCCUGCUGUGCGCCGUGCUGGGAGUGGGGGCUCAGUUUCUUACCCUCGCCACAGGAAUCAUCAUCAUGGCAUUGCUUGGGAUGUUCAACGUGCACAGACACGGUGCCAUCAACUCUGCAGCUAUCGUCCUGUACGCUCUGACCAGCUGUGUGUCAGGCUAUGUGUCAUGCAGCUUCUACACACAGAUCAACGGCCAGCGCUGGGUGUGGAACAUCAUCCUCACAUCAACGCUCUUCUCUGCUCCUCUGUUCCUGACAUGGAGCGUAGUGAACUCCGUCCACUGGUGGAGCGGCUCCACCCAGGCUCUACCAGCCACCACCGUGUUCCUCCUGCUGGGUGCCUGGGUGCUCGUUGGUUUCCCGCUCACCGUCAUCGGGGGUAUUGUGGGAAAAAAUCGAGCUGGCAGCUUCCAGGCGCCGUGCCGAACUCGCAACAUUGCCCGACAGAUCCCCACACAGCCUUGGUACAAGCACACGGCUGUGCACAUGGCAAUCGGCGGCUUUCUGCCGUUCAGUGCCAUCUCAGUGGAGCUGUACUACAUCUUUGCCACCGUUUGGGGCAGAGAGCACUACACCCUCUACGGCAUCCUGCUGUGUGUCUUCGCCAUCCUCCUCUCCGUCGGCGCCUGCAUCUCUGUUGCGCUCACCUACUUCCUCCUGUCGGGUGAGGACUACAGGUGGUGGUGGCGGAGCGUGCUAAGCACCGGCUCCACUGGCAUCUUCAUCUUCGUCUACUCGGUUUUCUACUAUCGAAACCGGUCCUCCAUGAGUGGCUUGGUGCAGAGCACGGAGUUCUUUGGCUACUCUCUGCUCACAGCUAUGGUCUUCUCACUCAUGCUGGGCAGUGUGUCGUUCUGGGCCUCACUGGCAUUUAUUCGCUAUAUCUACCGGAGCCUCAAGAUGGACUAGUCAUGAAAUGUGCAGACGGCUAUAAACAAACAUAUCUUUAUGUUACACAUGGACAAUCUGCAUAUCUUCCUCUUGCUCCAGUCAUACAAAACACAACAAUCACACCUUCUCAUGGGAAAUGGGAGCAGGAAUCAGAGCCUUUGACUCAAUUUGACAGUAGCUGAUUGAGGUAGGGCUGUCAUUUUUGAAAGAAGGGAUAAAUGGCUAUAUGAAGAUAUAUUUGAGUUAUCUGGGAAGUGGGGUGGAAUGUGUAUUUUAAGGAUAAAAUGGGAUGUUUCACUACAAAGGGAUUACUGUGUCCCAUCUUGAGUGAAUGGGUCAAUUGUAUGUUGCUUUUGAAGGCUGAGAAUUCAUUGUAGUUCAGUCUGCGAUUACCUGCAAGACUCCCUACUCUGUGGUCUACCAGGACUUGGCAGGAUCUACACGUCCUAUAUUACACUCCCUUAACUUCAAGAAGAUUGACUGAGUAGUUUUAAUUUAUAAAGCCGAAGCUCAAAAGUAUAACUUGCAGAUAUAUUCCCAAAUACAUUGAAUUGUGGCAGCCUAUUCAGAUGUUAUAAACAUUUUUGCACUGGCCUUGACAAGCACCUCAUGGCCCUGCAGUUAAGAAGCGUAAAGAUGCCUUGUUGAUUGAAUAGCUGUUGAAAAUGCUGGUGAUGGGCACAAUGUUGUCAUUGCAUUCUAUGGUCACCAUGACUGUGAUUUUUGGUUUCUGAUGUAAAUAGUCUUUUCGAUUAAAGCUUUUUAAUAGUAA